GAAUUAUGGCCGAAAAUGCUCUCCUGGGGGCGCGUCAUUCUUUCUGUUCAAAUGACAAGAAUUUGUAGGCGGACGUCUGUUGAACACAUGCAUCGCACUUCGCUUGCGGACGAAGCAGUCCGACUUCAUUCCACCACAAUUCAAACCGCGCAACGCAACGCAACACACGCCUGCCCUCCCGUGAAGGCUCGUGCUUAACGAGCGAGUAUAUCCGUCUUCCUCAACCUCACUUUCUACAAGCGCAAUGUCCUCAUACCGCCGACAAGAUAGUUCGUGAUGCAUAUUAUCAAGCCGAUCUGGCUUACACAUGGGGGGGAAAAGAAGGACUUUGAGGUCUACAGCUGCCAUGUCUCUCCGGACGGCCAACGGCUGGUCACAGCGGCCGGUGAUGGCUACGUCCGAAUAUGGUCGACGGAAGCGAUCUACAACGCCACAAAUGGAAAAUACGACAAGCCCAAGCAGUUGGCGUCCAUGAGCUACCACUCUGGCACAAUCCACGCGGUGCGGUUCUCACCCGGCGGGAAAUACCUGGCCUCAGGAGCGGAUGACAAGAUUGUUUGCAUAUACACACUCGACCCAAGCCCGCCGAGCCACGCAGCGUUCGGUUCCAACGAGGCACCCCCGGUGGAAAACUGGCGCAUCUUCCGCAGAUUGAUCGGCCACGACAAUGAUGUGCAGGACCUGGGCUGGUCGUACGAUGGCACAAUACUGGUAUCUGUUGGAUUGGACUCGAAAGUCGUGGUCUGGUCGGGAUACACGUUUGAAAAGUUGAAGACACUGUCGAACCACUCGAGCCAUGUCAAAGGCAUCACUUUUGACCCGGCCAACAAGUACUUUGCGACCGCUAGCGACGACCGUACGAUACGAAUUUUCCGCUUCACCUCCCCCACCCAAAACUAUACAAGCCACGAUGCAGUUAACAACUUCAUCCUCGAAACAACCAUCAGUCAGCCAUUCAUCAACUCUCCGCUCACCACUUAUUUCCGUCGGUGCUCUUGGGCUCCAGAUGGCCAACACAUUGCCGCUGCCAAUGCCGUCAAUGGCCCCGUCAGUGCGAUUGUCAUCAUCAACCGCGGGACCUGGGAUGGUGACACCUCGUUGAUUGGACAUGAAGGACCGGUGGAAGUUUGCGCCUUUUCGCCGAGACUGUACGGACCAGAACAGGUUACCCGACCUACGCCGGAAGGCCAUCUCGCCCCUCAUAAUACCGUCAUCGCAUGUGGUGGCGCCGAUAAGUGUCUGAGUAUCUGGACGACCAACAACCCACGGCCGCUGGUGGUGCAGCAGGAUGUCGCUGGAAAGCCCAUCUCUGAUAUCGCAUGGAGCCCGGACGGCCAGACACUGUUCGCCACAGCAUUAGACGGCACCAUCCUGACAGUCAUGUUUGAGCCGGGGGAACUAGGCUACCCCAGGCCUAUCGAGGAGAACGACCGGUCACUUAGUAAGUUUGGCACUUCGCGAAAAGGACUGGGAUUUCCGGAGACGACCGAGGCCUUGCGUCUGGAAGAGCUGAGCAAGGCGGGCGAGUUAAAAGGCGUGGAAGGCAGGAUGGGAGCUCUCAUGGGCGACCAUCAUUCCUCUCAAUCCGGCGCCGCAAGCACAACUGCUACGACAAAUGGGGCGACAACUACAUCGACGACCACCAACACGACCACAACAGAAAACCUGCAGAACGGGACUGAAGCUCGACCGACUGCACAAGCGACGGCAAAAGCACAAGACGACCUAAAUCAGGCGAAGCUUGAACGGCUGAAAAACCGCGUUGAAAUUACCAAAGACGGCAAAAAGCGAAUACGCCCUCUGCUAGUUUCCGGAGCGGGUGGCGCCGAAUCUUCUUUACCGCAGACGAAGCUCGUCAGCGCCAGUGCAAACAACGUUCAAACAGUGGAUACGCCUCAAUCGGUCCUCGAUCUCUCGAAGCCAUUUGAUGGUCUGCCCAAGGGUGGAAUUGCGACUCUGCUGCUUGGCAACAAGCGGAAGUACGCCCAAAUCGAGGGCGAAGAAGAAGGCACCACUGAAAAACGCAUACAGGCUGCUAGUCAGAAAGGAGCGGUGCCGAUCCUCACAAACGCCCCCGACGGCCUUCUUCCAGCACAACAUCAGCCGCCUACCAGCGGACAGGAUGUGACGCCGGAAUGGAUCCGGCCAGCUGUGAUCAAUCCGGCAAUUAGUGUAAGCCAGCUGCGGCUGGCGGUACCGAAAGUCCGAGCACAUAUUGUGCAAGGAAUCGACUCGGCCGGCAAACCAGCCGAAGUGUCUAAUGAUGCAGCGGGUGCUAGUGCUAGCAACAACAAAAUAAGGGCGGAGUUUGUUUUGGAAGCUCGCAAUCCCUCCGGCCCAUCACUGACGCCACGAGCACAGGACCGGGAGCCUUGUCGGAUCACACUGACACGGAAAGAUCAACCGUUGUGGCAGGAUUUUAUUCCCCGGCCGGUGCUGUUAGUUACAGGCAACCAUAAAUUCUGGGCGGCAGCAGACGAAGCUGGUUCGCUGUACAUGUGGACACCGCAUGGUCGACGGCUCAACAGUGCCAUUGUUCUGGAAUCCCAGCCGGUGAUCUUGGCCGCAUACGAGUCCUGGCUGCUGUGCAUCACGAGUGUGGGCAUGUGUUAUGUCUGGAACGUCAAGACCAUGUCAUCUCCCCAUCCGCCAGUGUCGCUUGCACCCGUGCUCGACACGGCCACACAUUCCCUUGCGGCGCAUCCCACGGGAGCCCCGGCCAUCACACACGCCCGCUUGAACUCGGAAGGUCGCAUCAUUGUGACUUUGUCCAAUGGCGAAGGCUACGCGUACUCGCCUCAAAUGUACUGCUGGCAACGCUUGUCCGAAGUCUGGUGGGCCGUUGGCAGUCAAUACUGGAAUACCACCGACUCUUCGGUUGGAAAUGUUCAGUCUUCAAAAGGUUCUGCUGCUGGCGGAGCUUUAGAACAACAGCAGCAGCAGCCUUCUACUACUGCUAUUAAUGUCUCAUCCGGCAUCAUCCCCUGGCUGGAGAGAAACACAACCUCGGAAACUUUGUUACGAGGCCGCGCCUAUUUCCUCCAACGACUAGUAAAAGUUCUUUUGUCGCGUGAGGGCUUUGAGAGUUUCGAGUCCGGCGUGUCCAUUGCGCAUUUGGAGAACCGGAUCGCCGCGGCCCUCAUGCUCGGCGCAAAGGACGAGUUCCGGAUUUAUUUGUUGAUGUACGCCAAACGAUUGGGUGCAGAGGGCCUUCGGUUGAAGGUGGAGGAGCUUUUGCGCACACUUGUUGGUGGUAUUGUCGAGGAGGAAGAUGAUGACACCGAGAAUGGUGGGGAAAACAGUGCUGCCGUUGCGGUCAUGAAGAAUUCGAACCCGAAUGCCGUCCCUGGACGCAAUUGGCACGAAGAAUCAAAGACAAUCUGUGGAUGGCCGAGGGAAGAACUUCUCAAAGACGUCGUCUUACUUCUAGGCAAACAUCGCGAUCUUCAAAGGAUUACCGUGCCAUACGCAAGGAUGCUCCGCAUCGUCGAUGCAGAUGGUGGUGCUAGUGGGACCAACGGCAGUAAUCCUGACGAAAUGGCUCUUUGAUGACUUGAACCAAACAAUACCAAAAAGGGUGCCCGAGGUUCUUCUUUUUGCCCUGUCUUCUCUGAUAAUGAGGAUUUGGUGUGUCAUGGUAACACAGGGAGUGAAGGGAACGUGAUCCGUCGGAGUGCAAUGGGGUGAGAUAAGAUGAGCUCUCUCGGGUACUACAUGUGAGGUACCAUCGAGGUACAGGUACUACAUGUACUCUACGUACUGUGUGUACCGUGUGUGAGCUGGUUGGCUCAUCUGGGUUAUGCGCUUCCUGCAAGGCACUUACACAGCACAGUUUACCUACACGCCGACCGAAUCCAUCGAUUCCGAUCUAAGGACUAGGUAGACUGCUGACCUGACUCAAUUUUUGUCUAUCUGCGGCAGAGAGCUCCAGAAGCGAAGCGAUAAUAUCAGACAUGAGCGGUUGAGUCAAGUUCAUUUCAUUUCAAUUAUUGGGCAACAUGAAUCAAUGAAUCCAUCAUUUCAUCAACAA